CGUCAUCGACGGUCAUUUAAAGAUGGCGGACUGCCUGGCCGCACGUUUGACCGCCCAGGAGGAGCAGAUUCGGCUUCUCACCGCUGAGAUCUCCGCCCUCCGGGACGGACUGAACGGCGGGACCGACCGCGCCCCGGUAGCUGCCGGGAGUCCGGAGCUGGACAGCCUGCGGGCGGAGAAUGAGAAGCUGCGGUACCGGCUGCUGCACCUCCGGAGGGGACUGCAGGCUGAGCUGGAGAUGGAGAAGGAGAAGGAGGAGGAGGCGCAGGGAAGGAAGCCGCUGGCGGAACCCAAGGCUGGCAGAACCCCCGGGAGGAGUACCCCAAAACCCCAACAGACAGACAGCCGGGCUGACAACAUGGUAACGGUGUCAGUACCAGACAAGAAACCCAUGGAGAAAAACAAGAAGGAGAAGAAGCAGGAUAAGGGGGGAGUGAAUGGAGGAGCGAAGGAGCUUCUGAAGCUGAACCCAUGGCCCGCAUACGUUCCUGAGCGCCUCAGCCUCUACGAGCAGCUUAAGGAGGAGAGUGAUGCCCUGCUGGCGAAGAAGGCUGCAGACAGCAAACCCAUUAUUGUCGAGCUGACAGAUGGGCAGAAGGUGCCGGGGAAGUCCUGGGUGACGACGCCGUAUCAGUUAGCUUGUGGCAUCAGCCAGGGCCUGGCUGACAGCGCAGUGAUUUCUCGAGUGAAUGGGGAGCUUUGGGAUCUGGACAGACCUCUGGAGCAGGACUGCUCUCUUGAGAUUUUGCGCUUUGACAAUGAAGAUGCUCAAGCUGUGUACUGGCACUCCAGCGCUCACAUCCUGGGAGAAGCCAUGGAGCGCUUUUAUGGAGGCUGCUUGUGUUACGGCCCCCCGAUAGAGAACGGUUUCUACUACGACAUGUUCCUGGAUGGACAGAAGUCAGUGUCCAGCACAGAGUUUGGAGACUUGGAGGCCUUGUGUAAGUCUGUGGUGAAGGAGAAACAGCCUUUUGAGAGACUCGAAAUCAGUAAAGAGACACUGCUAAAAAUGUUUAAGUACAACAAAUUCAAGUGCCGCAUUCUGAAUGAGAAAGUUACCACCCCCACCACAACAGUCUACAGAUGUGGGCCCUUGAUUGACCUCUGCAGAGGCCCUCAUGUCAGACACACAGGGAAGAUCAAGGCAAUGAAGAUUUACAAGAACUCUUCCACCUACUGGGAGGGCCGCUCGGACAUGGAGACCCUGCAGCGCAUCUAUGGGAUUUCCUUCCCAGACUCCAAGAUGCUGAAGGAGUGGGAGCGCUUUCAAGAGGAGGCGAAAAGCAGAGACCACAGAAAGAUUGGCAAAGAUCAGGAGCUGUUCUUCUUUCACGAUCUGAGCCCCGGCAGCUGUUUCUUCAUGCCGCGCGGAGCCUACAUCUACAACACGCUCACAGAGUUCAUCAGGGACGAGUACUGGAGAAGAGGCUUUCAGGAAGUCGCCUCCCCAAACAUCUACAACAGCAAGCUGUGGGAGACCUCUGGCCACUGGCAGCACUACAGCGAAAACAUGUUUUCGUUCCCCGUGGAAGACGACGUCUUUGCGCUGAAGCCGAUGAACUGCCCCGGCCACUGCUUGAUGUUCAGCCACAGGCCUCGCUCGUGGCGAGAGCUGCCUCUGAGGCUGGCAGAUUUCGGGGUGCUGCACAGGAACGAGCUGUCGGGAACUCUGACCGGCCUGACCCGAGUGCGGCGCUUCCAGCAGGAUGACGCUCACAUUUUCUGCGUGAUGGAUCAGAUUGAGUCGGAGAUGAAGGGUUGUCUGGACUUCCUCCGCUGCGUUUAUGACGUGUUCGGAUUCUCCUUCCAGCUUUAUCUCUCAACCCGCCCAGAAAAGUAUCUGGGCGACAUAGCUGUGUGGAACCAGGCUGAGAAGCAACUUGAAAACAGCCUGAAUGAGUUUGGGGAGCCAUGGAAACUCAACCCUGGAGACGGGGCUUUUUAUGGACCCAAGAUUGACAUUAAGAUCAAAGACGCAAUUGGACGCUACCACCAGUGUGCCACCAUUCAGCUGGACUUCCAGCUGCCCAUUCGCUUCAACCUGACCUUUGUGGGAAAGGAUGGAGAUGACAAAGCACGGCCAGUCAUCAUCCAUCGUGCCAUCUUGGGCUCAGUGGAAAGGAUGAUUGCCAUUCUCACAGAGAACUAUGCAGGAAAAUGGCCUCUGUGGCUCUCUCCGCGGCAGGUGAUGUUGGUGCCUAUCAACCCCUCCUGUGAGGAUUACGCCAACAAGGUGUGCAAGCAGUUCACGGAAGCAGGUUUCAUGGCAGACGCUGACCUGGACUCUAGCUGUCUCCUGAACAAGAAAAUCCGAAAUGCUCAGCUGGCUCAAUAUAAUUUUAUCCUGGUUGUCGGGGAGAAGGAGAAGAUGACUAAUAGCGUAAACGUGCGCACGAGGGACAACAAGGUCCACGGAGAACUGCCGGUGUCCGAGGCGAUUGCCCGGCUGACCCUGCUGAAACAGUCCCGCUGUCGAAACGCAGAAGAGGAGUUCUGAUGAAGAUGGGGCGAGACAAAGCAAAGCGUGUCCUUAGGUUACCUCCGGCACAGACGUUCAGUUAGAGGAGCAGUGAAUGGGCAGAUGGCGGUGAAGUGUGUAGAUGGGGUUUUUAGAAAGUUAUACACGUGAAACGAACGCAAACGCAUCGUAAUCCUGUGUAAGUGCAUUUAAUGAAUGGCGCUGCGGAAAAGAUAUGUUCAUAUGAUCGGCGGUGAACUCCAGAAGGGGGGGGAGACGUUUUUUUGGGGUCUGUUCUGAAUAUCAAAUGAUUUCCUGGCAGUCUAAAUCAAUUUGAAGGUACCUGAGCUGAUAAUUUAAAGAUGAAGUGCGAUCACUGUAAUCAUGAAAAUGAUGUGGAACUGACACCUGUUCCCAAAAAGAUCUGCCCUCAUGGGGGGGAAAAAAACUUGAAAUAAAAAGAUUUUUUUUU